AUUCAUCAAAGAGUCACACAGACAGAGCCUAUUACUCUCAUCAGGGAUAUUGAAAACCAGACCGUUUUAGCAGAUGAGGAUGCUAUAUUUGAAUGUGAAAUUAAGAUUAAUUAUCCAGAAAUCAAACUCGCCUGGUACAAAGGAACUCAAAAAUUGGAUUCUAGUAACAAGUAUGAAAUAAGAAUUAAAGGUGAUCGGCACAUACUCAGAAUCAGAAACUGCCAACCUGCAGAUCAGGGGAAUUUCAGAGUUGUCUGUGGUCCACAUAUUGCUAAUGCAAAGCUAACUGUGAUUGCAGCUGCAGUUGAACGGAAUCUUCAUGAUACUGCUUUCAAGGAAGGACGCACGUGCACCCUGAUUUGUCAGUUCUCUAUCCCAAAUGCCAAAUCUCAGUGGUAUAGAAAUGGAAAAGCCAUUAAGAUAGGAGGAAGAUACUCAACACAAGUCUCAGAGAAAAUACACAAACUAAUCAUCAAAGAUGUUAGAACAGAAGACCAGGGACAGUAUACCUGCAAGCUUCACAAUCUAGAAACAACUGCAGAUCUAACCAUUGAAGCUGAGCCCAUUCAGUUCACAAAGAGCAUACAGAAUAUAGUGGUGAGUGAACACCAGUCUGCAACCUUUGAGUGUGAGGUUUCUUUUGAUGACGCAGUUGUGACAUGGUACAAAGGCUCCAUUGAACUGAGGGAGAGCCGUAAAUACAGCUUUAGAAGUGAAGGUCGCUGUCAUUAUAUGACUAUCCACAAUGUCACUGCACAAGAUGAAGGUGUGUAUUCUGUAAUUGCUCGUCUUGAACCAAGGGGUGAAGCAAGAAGCACUGCAGAGCUCUAUCUGACAACCAAAGAAAUGAAACUGGAAGUGAAGCCACCAGAUGUUCCUGAUGCCAGAGUUGCAGUUCCAAUUGAAGCGCCAGCUGAAGAUAUCCCUAUUCCUGUUUUGCUGCCUUUUGCUGUUCCACCACCAGAAGAGAAGAAAGAGAUCAAGAAAGUUCUUGUAAAGAAAGUCUCCAAAAAGGUGGUUUCAAAAGUUCCUGAAGAAAUUGCUCCACCUAAAGUUCCCAAAGUGCCAAGGAAGCCACAAGAGAUCGAAGUGACUUCUGUAGCUAGAAGGGAAGAAGUUCAUGAAAAGGAGGAAAUAUAUGAAGAAAGAGAAGAGGUUUAUGAACAAAAAGAAGAAAUUUAUGAAGAACAAAAAGAACCUUAUGAAGAAUGGGAAGAAGAUUAUGGAGAACAGGAAUAUUAUGAAAGGGAAGAAGGUUAUGAAGAAGGGGAAGAGGAAUGGGAAACUUAUGAAGAAAAACAAGUUUAUCAUGAAGAAGUGAUUGGAGUUCCUCAGAAGCCCAUGCCUGAGCAUAUAACGCCAGCAAUUACAGCUGAAAAGAAAGAAAAGAAAGAAGUGACCAUACAUAAAGUUGUUCGGAAACCUGUAGCUGAAGAAGUUGAGGUAACCACUCAAAGGCUUGAGGAGGAAGAACUCAGACUGCCUAAAGUACCAGCAGUUCCCAAGAAGGUUCCGCCACCAAAACCUACCCGGGUGCCAGUCGAGGAGGAGGAAGUUAUGAGAAAGAAAGUACCGACAGUUGAAACGUGGACUAUUUCAGAAGAAAAGAUGUCUGUUUCUGUUCAUGCAGAAGAAGAAUAUUCUUAUGUUUCAGAGCCAAAAGUACAUGAGAGAACUGUCCUAGAAGAAAAAGUACAUGUUGAAAUUCCUGAGGCUCCCCCAGCUAAAGUUCCUGAGGCACGUAAGAAAAAAGAAGAGAAAAUACCUGUUGCUGUUCCCAAAAAGGUGGAGGCUCCUCCAGUUAAAGUGCCUGAGGUGCCAAAGAAAACUGUCCCAGAAAAGAAGGAACCUGUUCCUGUCCCUAAAAAAGUGGAAGCUCCACCAGCUAAAGUGCCCGAGGUGCCAAAGAAACCUGUCCCAGAAGAAAAAAUAUCUGUAGCCAUUCCUAAAAAAAUGGAGCCUCCGCCAGCAAAAGUGCCAGAGGUGCCUAAGAAACCUGUCCCUGAAGAGAAAGUUCCUGUUCCUAAAAAGGUUGAGGCUCCAACAGUUAAAGUGCCUAAGGUGUCUAAGAAAAUUAUUCCUGAAGAGAAGAUACCUGUUGCUCCUCCUAAAAAAGUGGAGCCUCCAGCUGUGAAAGUCCCUGAGGUACAUAAGAGAUCUGUUCCUGAAGAAAAAGUGCCAGCUGCUGUUCCUAAACCAAUGGAAGUUCCUCCAGCCAAAGUUCCUGCGGUACCUAAGAAACCCACCCGGGAUGCUGCUCCCCCUGUUCCUGCAGUGAAGGAGUACGAAUAUGAGUAUGAGGAGUAUGAGAAGUAUGAGACCUAUGAGGCUAUAGAAGAGUUUGAGGUUCCAGAGCAUGAAGAGAUUGAGUAUGAGGAGAUUCCGGAGCCUGAAGAGAUCUAUGAGGAGGUUCCAGAGCCUGAAGCGAUCUAUGAGGAGGUUCCAGAGCCUGAAGAGAUUGAGGAGUAUGAGGAGGUUCCGGAGCCUGAAGAGAUUGAGGAGUAUGAGGAGGUUCUAGAGCCUGAAGAGGUCUAUGAGAAAUAUGAGGAGGUUCAGGUGAUUGAAGAAGUCUAUGAGAAGCAUGAGGAGAUUAAGAAGGCUGAAGAGGCUUAUGAGGUCACACUGGCUAUAGUGCCUGAAGUGCCUAAGAGAGCUGUGCCAGAAGAAAAAGUACCUGUUGCUGUUCCUAAAAAAGAAGCUCCGCCAGCUAAAGUUCCUGCACUGCGUAAGAAACCAGUCCCAGAAGAAAAAGUACCUGUCGCUGUUCCUAAAAAAGAAGUGGCUCCCCCAGCUAAAGUGCCUGAAGUACAUAAGAGAGCUGUACAGGAAGAGAAAGUAACUUUGGCUGUUCCUAAAAGGAAGGAGCCUCCACCAGUUAAAGUGCCUGCCGUACCCAAGAGAGCUGUCCCUGAAGAAACACUACCCACUCCUACUCCUGAAAUACAAGUUCCACCAAUGAAAGUGCCUGAGGUUCCUGAAAGAGUUGUCCCUGAAGAAAAAGUACCUACUGUUAUUCCUAGAAAAGAGGAAGCUCCUCCAUAUGAAGAGCCUGAAGUUUAUGAAGACAUUCUCCCUGAAGAAAAAGUUCCUGUUGCUCCUACAAAACAGGAAGUUCCACCAACUAAAGUGCCUGCAGUGCCCAAGAAAGCUGUUCAGCAAAAGAAAAUACCUGCUGCCAUACCUAAAAAAGAAGCUCCUCCAAUUACAGUGCCUGAGAUGCCAAAGAAAGCUGUCCCCAAAAAGAAAGUACCUAUUGUUGCACCCAAAGAAGAAGCUCCACCUUUUAAAGUACCUGAGGUUUAUGAGGAAAUUCCCCCAGAAGAAAAAGUUUCUGCUGCUAUUCCUAGAAAAGAGGAAUCUCCACCAGCUAAAGUGCCUGAGGUGUCCAAGAAAGCUGUCCCAGAAGAAAAAGUGCAAAUUGCUGUGCCUAAAAAGCCAGAACCUACUGCUGUACCGAAAAAACCAGAACCCUUUGCUGUGCCUAAAAAAACAGAACUUCCACCAGCCAAAGUGCCUGAGGUGCCCAAGAAAGCUGUCCCAGAAGAGAAAGUACCUGUUGCUGUACCUAAAAAGCCAGAAGCUCCGCCAGCUAAAGUGCCUGAGGUGCCCAAGAAAGCUGUCCCAGAAGAGAAAAUACCAGUUGCUAAAAAGCCAGAACCUCCACCAGCUAAAGUGCCUGAGGUGCCCAAGGAAGUCCCAAAGGAGAAAGUACCCGUUGCUGUGCCUAAAAAACCAGAAGCCCCACCAGCCAAAGUGCCUGAGGUGCCCAAGAAAGCUGCCCCAGAAGAGAAAAAAGUACCAGUUGCUGUGCCUAAAAAACCAGAAGCUCCACCAGCUAAAGUGCCUGAGGUACCAAAGAAAGUGGUCCCAGAAGAGAAAAUACCAGUUGCUGUGCCUAAAAAACCAGAACCUCCGCCAGCUAAAGUGCCUGAGGUGCCAAAGAAAGUUGUUAUUGAAGAAAAAGUACCAGUUGAAGAGCCUGAGAAACCAGAACCUCCACCAGCUAAAGUGCCUGAGGUGUCCAAGAAAGUGGUCCCAGAAGAGAAAGUACCAGUUGCUGUACCUAAAAAACCAGAACCUCCACCAGCUAAAGUGCCUGAAGUGCCCAAGAAAGCUGUCCCAGAAGAGAAAGUACCUGUUGCUGUACCAAAAAUACCAGAACCUCCACCAGCUAGAGUACCUGAGAUGCCUGAGACAACUGUCCCAGAAGAGGAAGUCCCUCUGGCUGUGCCUAAGAAAACAGAACUUCCACCAGCGAAAGUGCCUGAGGUGCCCAAGAAAGCUGUCCCAAAAGAGAAAAUACCUAUUGCUGUGCCUAAAAAACCAGAACCUCCCCCAGCUAAAGUGCCUGAGGUGCCCAGGAAAACUGUCCCAGAAGAAAAAGUGCCUGUGCCUAAAAAAACAGAACCUACUCCUGUGCCUAAGAAACCAGAACCUCCACCAGCUAAAGAGCCAGAACCCGAAAAGAAGAUUCCUGAAAAACCAAAGCCACGGGUACCUAUUCCACCAAAAGAGGAAUUUAAGAUGGAAAAAGUUCAGCUGAAAGGUAUAAGAAGCUACUGAAAUCAGUAUUAACAGCUUUACUGAACGCUUCAAUAUAAUGCAUUUUAAUUAUAAUUUGCUCCUCUUGAAAAGUGGGCUUUUUAAUAUAUUACUUUUAGCCUAACUCAGGGCUUGUUUUGGUUGUUUUCAAUCUAAUGAUACUCCUUACUAAUUGUUUAUCUGUUAUGAGCUUUCAGAAAUAUCUGUCCAGUCAGUUUGU